UUUUCUUCAAGUUUUGUGACGUCAUUGUCUUUAUAACCAAUUAUGACGUCAUAUAUUCUGUGUUAUUGUUACGUCAAUCUCGCCGUGCUUCACAACGCAACUCUCCUUGCGCGAUACUUUCUGAAGCGUUUUUCAAGAAGAACUUAACAGGCAAUUUAACAAAUUCAACUAUCUUUAUCAACUAUGGAAGCCUUUGACAUAGACUCAACACCGUACGAUUGGACAGAAAUAAAUACCCCUAAGUCUAGGGAAUUACUGGACGAACAUCUCCGGAGUUACCUGGACACCAUCACCAGGAUCAAAACAUUCAGAAUUAACACAGCUGAAUUUCUGGAGAAGUCGGGCUACGUGCAACUGAAACAGAUUGCACCAAACCCACAGACCGGUUAUAAUCACGGCGCCAUUGUCCAUCCUCCUCCGGCCACUAGAAAUGACCUGAUGACCCCAGAAUGGACAAGAUUCCUCCCCUAUUUUCCAGUUCAUCUGGAAAGAUCAUGCUACAUUAAACUGAAGCAGAUUGCGCCAAACCCACAGACAGGCUUCAAACACAGUUCUAUUGUGCCUCCUGCUCCGGCCACAAGAGAGGAGAUGAUGACUCCAGCGUGGUCAAAAUACCUCCCAACUUUACCAAAGUCCAAAUCGGCCCACGGCUGGACCAGUUUCCAACUCCAGGAAAAGGAAGAGGUUGAGCUGAGAGAGAAAAGUGACAUCCGAAACAAAAUAUGGUACAACCUCUUCUACAAGAAAGAUUACUCCAAGACUGAAAAUGAAUCUUUCUGGUUCAACGUUGUGAAGAAACACAGAUGGACGAAAUCCUUGCAUGACAUCGUUCUCACAGGUAGAGUGGGCGAUGACGUAACUACCUACCCCGCCACCAGCAGCUAUAGCGCGUGACUUGACAAUCAAGACAAGGAAUAAAUGAAAAGCUGUUUUGUGGAACCCAGUCGACAGUUUAAUAUAAAAAUCAAUGAGAUGAAAACAUAUUUACAGAACAGCUGUCGCUUUUAUUGACGUUGAAGUCCGCAAUUUUUAGGAAGAUCAUGAUGAACUCUUUAAACAUUUAGCUGUUUCGAAGCAAUUCUAUUUCUGAUUUAUUCUGAUUUAAUUUUAUGUUUUCGGAGGGAAACUAAUAUAAACUAUUUUGAUACAUCUUGUAUUAUCUUUAAAAUGUAAAAAGAAAAUAAAUUGAUCAGUUGA